AUGAAAAAGUUCAUAUCAAAAUUCGAAACGAAAAAUGAACCAACGUCGACGGGCAGUAGCCGGGAGACGAACAGUUUCGUCGGCAAAACAUUCAAGCUAAGCAAGGAGAACGUAGUAACCGUGGAGGAGGUACUAGCAGAAGGUGGCUUUGCCGUCGUAUUUCUAGUCAAAGGAGCCAAGGGAGAACGGUACGCACUGAAGCGGCUGUACGUGAACAACGAGUAUGAUUUGGGUGUGUGCAAUCGCGAAAUCAAGAUAGCAAGCAAUCUGAGUGGGCACAAAAACAUCAUUGGCUACAUUGACCACAGCAUCAAUACGAAGGGUAACGGUGUGCACGAGAUACUGCUGCUCAUGCCCUACUGCAAGACGAAUCUGCUCACGCUUAUGAACGCCCGGCUCGCUACGGGCUUCAGCGAGACGGAGGUGCUGCAGAUAUUCUGUGACGUUGCGGAAGCCGUCGCCCGGUUACACCAAUGUCAAACACCCAUCAUCCAUCGGGAUCUCAAGGUGGAAAACAUCCUUCAGAAUGAUCUCGGUAACUUUGUGCUGUGUGAUUUCGGUUCGGCUACGGCGCGGGUUCUUAAUCCGACCAGCCAUGGCCGUACGAUGGUGGAGGAAGAGAUCCAAAAGUACACCACGCUUUCCUACCGAGCGCCGGAGAUGAUCGAUCUGUUCAAUGGACAGGACAUCACGGUAAAAGCGGACAUCUGGGCGCUGGGGUGUCUAUUGUACAAGGUAUGCUACUUCACGCUCCCGUUCGGCGAAAGCGCGCUAGCUAUACAGAGCGGCCAGUUCAGCAUUCCAGACGGUUCGAAGUAUUCGCGUAGCGUCCAUCAGCUAAUACGCUUCAUGUUGGAACCGGAUGCGGAAAAACGACCCAAUAUCUACCAAGUGUGCGAGAUCGCGUUCGGUAUCGCAGGACGAUCCAACCCGGUGCGAAAUCUGACCAAAUGUAGCGUACCACCGCUAGAAACGUUACCGGUGCCACCGUUCGAAUCGGAAACAAAGCGCCUACCGACGGUGGGUGGUGGUGGUGCCGGACAGACAGGAUCCACCCCGAAACCAAUCAAACCGGCCGGUCAGCUGCUGAUUGAAGGUGGCACAAGUGUGGCCCCUCGCCAAAGACCAAAAGCUUCACAAGCGGCCACACCGAACAUGGGCGUUAAUAGCUUCUCGCUCGGUUUACCACCGAACCCAUCGCCGAAAAACAUUCUUUCCUCACCAACGCCCGGUAUGGCACCUUCAGCAAUCGGUACAUCCGGCCCGGAUGCUCCGGAAGCGUUUGUGGCCAAAUUUACGGCCAAUUUUCCCCCCGCUUCAGUCACUUCAAGUACAUCCAUCGAUCCAUCGGCAACAGUAGCAGCAACGGAAGGACAGACAGCAACGGCGGUAUUAUCCCAACAACCCGCUGUUGCUGUUGCCGCACUGUUUCAGACAACCUAUCCUGAUCCAUUCCGGGAGGCGGAACUAGCCCCCAUUCCGAGCGGUGGAGAAGGAAUUCCAUUAGCCGGUACAUCAGCUCACAACUCAUCGUCCUCCUCGUUAUCGAUGAUACAUUCGCCAAGUCACGCCCCAAAUCCGCAGGGUGUCGUUCCGUCCAACCAGACACAAACGCCCACCCUUGGUGGAUCGAACUCAUCCUCGAGCAGUGCAGUUGCCGGCGGCAUCCUAGCGCCACCAAAAGCCUCCGGCCACCGACGGAAUGUGAGUGAUACGUCUGCCUUCAACAAAGCGUUCGCGACGGAAACUUCCCAGUUUCUGGCCCCAUUCGACCAGGCGACAAACAACUUCCAACCGUCGUCUGCAAGUCCCCCCGGUCAGCAAACGACCAAUUCGAACGGUUCCAACAGUUCGCUCCACAAACAUCCGCCCAUUCCGGAGGGUGGCGCUGGCUUUGAGUCGCGUGCCUCCAACUUGGCCUCGAGUUCCAAUCCACAGUUGUCACAACAGCGAUCUACAUCUUCGGCUGGUGCCAGUUCUAACUGGAACCCAUUUGGUGAUCCUACUCCAUUCGCACAGAUGACUGAGGAUCACAUUUUCGGCGAAGAGUUUGAUAAAAUCCGUGAACAAGGCAGUCAGGGCAGUUUAAAGACACCACCGGAAGUACCAAGACACUCAUCGUUGCCGCUCAUACAGAUGGGGUCAGUGCCGGCAGGUGUUCAGCAGGCGGCUCCAUUCUCCCCGGAGAACAUCCCGGACACGCUUGGUGAUGACGAUGAUCCGUUUAGUUCCGCUCCGUUUUCGAUGCCGGUGCGUACCGAUAAGAGCAAAUCGUUUAAACUCUCCUCGCGCAAAGUGAUCGUCAUUGACGGUGGAUUUAGUACGCAGCUGGCCGAACAUGUCGGUGCCAGGCUGGACAAGGAUCCACUGUGGUCGUCUCGCUUCAAUGCUACCAAUCCGGGUGCCGUGCUGGAAACGCACCUGGACUAUCUGAAGGCGGGCGCCGACUGCAUACUGACCAACACGUACCAGGCGUCCAUCGAGGGCUAUAUGGAUUUUCUCGAUCUCAAUGAGGAUGAGUCGGUGCAGUUGAUCAAAUCGAGCGUCGAGCUGGCUAGACGUGCCCGUACUCGCUACUUGGCCGAGAAGCUGGAGAACAAAUCCCACAAAAUACCGUGGGUGGUGGGUUCGGUUGGUCCCUACGGUGCACAUCUUCACGAUGGGUCCGAAUUCACGGGUGCGUAUGCGGAUCAAGUCCCGGCCAAUCGGUUGCAGAAAUGGCACCGGCCCCGAAUUAACGCGAUCGUGGAGGCCGGAGUAGAUGCGCUCGCGAUCGAAACGAUACCGUGUCGGAUGGAGGCGGAAGCCCUACUCGAUCUGCUGACCGCGGAACAUCCGACGGUGCGGUUCUGGAUUUCAUUCCAGUGUCGGGACGGUUCGUCUAUUGCGCACGGCGAACAAUUUGCCGAAACGGUCAUCGCCUUAUGGAACCGGGCAAAGCAACUGUCCAAUCCCAAUCUGCUAGCACUCGGUGUGAACUGUGUAAAUCCACAGUAUGUGCUGCCCCUGAUACGGUCGGUACAUGAGCAGUGUGGUUCCUCACCUACAGACGGUGCUAACCGUAUCCCGCUCAUCGUGUAUCCCCAUUCCGGUGAGCAAUGGGACACGAUUGGGGGAUGUUGGCGCGGUGCGGAAAACCUUACCCCGCUGGAAACGUACAUCCCGCAAUGGGUGGAAAUGGGCGUCAAGUUUGUUGGGGGUUGCUGCCGUACCAAUGCGCGGGACAUCAAGCGGAUGAAGAAGACCGUUAUCGGGCUUUAUGGAAGCCGGAGCAAUGAGAACUAA